AUGGUGGGGAUAAUACUGGUUGUGGUGGGCACGCUCGCACUCCUUGUCGCAAGUCGUCCGCCUCAGGCUGACCCUUACGUCACCCUUGGUCUCGACCGGAGUGCUACCAGCGUCGACAUCAAGCGAGCUGAUAACGCUCGCUUUGUGGCCAUCAAUGAGGCUUACGAGCUGUUGUCAAACUCAAGAUCACGGGCAAACUACGACGCCACAGGCGAUCCAGAGGUACCGGCCUACUAUUACGGCUCGCGAUCGGCUGGUGCUGGCUAUGGGUCGGCUGGUAUGGGCGCAUCGCUCUCCUCGCCGGCAGUCUAUCUCACGGCUGCUUCGUAUGCCCAUGUGGUCGAGGGCGCCCGUGACCCGCUGUGGGUGGUGCUCCUCUACGCUGACCACGAUCGCGCCUCGCACAACGCCAUGCACGCCUUCAACAAGGUCGCCAUUUCGCUCGCGGGCGUCGCUCGCUUUGGUCGUGUCGAAGUUUCGGCAGAGUGGCGGCUUGCUCGCCUUUUCCGCAUCUCGCGCGUCCCAGCCAUUCUCUUCAUCUCGGAAGAUGGCCACUUUACCCGCUUCCGCGGCUCGUUCUCCCACCUCCGCAGCGCCAUCCUCGAUCGCCUGCCCGACACCCGCGCCCCACUUGCCCUCGACAUCUCAGCGCGCGCCUCUGCUGGAGCCGCCCGCGGCGCCAUGCACAAGAUGCGCGCCUGGGCCGACCGCGGAUGGGCCGUCGUCGCACUCUGCUCCUCGCGCAAGAAGCCGUCGCCGCUGUGGCGCUCGCUCGCCGCCGCACACCAGCGAACAACCCGCUUUGUCUUCAUCUCAGUCCAUGCUCGCGCCGCCACAGACGCUAUGGACAAGCUAGGCUGCGUGCCGGGCGAGCAACCCAUCGUCCUCGUCGCCUCGUCGUCAAAGGUCGUCCCAUACUCGGGCUCGCUCGCCCGCCCCGCCCUCGAGGCCUACUUUCUCCACGACGCCCACGCCGCCGUUCCGCGCCUCUCCGUCGACGUCUUUGACGUUGCCUGCCGCACCGGAUGCCUCAUCGUCAACUCGGCUGCCUUUGACAACGGCGCAGGCGCCGUCCUCACCCCGCCGUCCUCGUUUGCCGUUCUCCAGACCAGCUUUUCCGCCAACGCAGACUUUGUCCGCGCCGUCGCAGGCUCCAGCCUCUCGGGCAACGCCGUCCUCUACGUCUCUACCGAGUCGGGCGUCGCCGGCCUCGUCGCCUCGGGCCUCGACUCGCACAAGGCCACCCAGACCGUCCUCGACGUCUUUGACGGAUCCUCGCUCCUCACCUCGCGGACGUACCCCCACGGCAUGGUCCCGCGCCCGGCUGGCGCCUCAGCCUCCUGGUCCAUCGUCUCGGUCAUCCGCUCGUGGUUUAGCUGGAUUGCCUGGCUCAUCCAGUCCAUCGUCAGCACCCUCCUCACCGUCGGCGUCCUCCUCCUCUUCAUCUGCCCUGCACUCCUCGGCCGAGUCCGGAUCUAG